AGUGACCGGAGCCGGCGGCGUGCUGUGCGCGGAGUCCCCGUGUUACCGUACAGCGCCGGAGCUUCCUGCAUACACAGCGCCGAGAUCCCCGGAGCCUCCUGUAUACACAGCGCAGAGACCCCCGGAGCCUCCUGUAUACACAGCGCUGAGCACCCCGGAGCCUCCUGCAUACACAGCGCUGAGCACACCGGAGCCUCCUGUAUACACAGCACUGGGAUCCUCCUGCAUACACAGCGCUGAGCACCCCGGAGCCUCCUGCAUACACAGCGCUGAGCACACCGGAGCCUCCUGUAUACACAGCGCUGGGAUCCUCCUGCAUACACAGCGCUGAGCACCCCGGAGCCUCCUGUAUACACAGCGCUGAGACCCCCGGAGCCUCCAGUAUACACAGCGCUGCACCUCGGAGCCUCCAGUAUACACAGCGCUGAGACCCUCGGAGCCUCCAGUAUACACAGCGCUGAGACCCCGGAGCCUCCAGUAUACACAGCGCUGAGACCCCGGAGCCUCCUGUAUACACAGCGCUGAGCACCCCGGAGCCUCCAGUAUACACAGCGCUGAGACCCCCCGGAGCCUCCAGUAUACACAGCGCUGAGACCCCCGGAGCCUCCAGUAUACACAGCGCUGAGACCCCGGAGCCUCCUGUAUACACAGCGCUGAGCACCCCGGAGCCUCCAGUAUACACAGCGCUGAGCACCCCGGAGCCUCCAGAAUACACAGCGCUGAGACCCCCCGGAGCCUCCAGUAUACACAGCGCUGAGACCCCGGAGCCUCCUGUAUACACAGCGCUGAGCACCCCGGAGCCUCCAGUAUACACAGCGCUGAGACCCCCCGGAGCCUCCAGUAUACACAGCGCUGAGACCCCCCGGAGCCUCCAGUAUACACAGCGCUGAGCACCCCGGAGCCUCCUGUAUACACAGCGUUGAGACCCCCCGGAGCCUCCAGUAUACACAGCGCUGAGACCCCCGGAGCCUCCAGUAUACACCUCGCUGGGAGCCUCCUGCAUACACGGCGCCGCACCCCGGCACAGGACCCCCGGUCACCAUGCUGCUGCUGCUCCUGCUCUCCGCUGUCUCCUCCGGGGAGAAGGGCCUCCCGGUGCCGGAGCACGGCUUCUGCCAGCCCAUCUCCAUCCCGCUGUGCGCGGACAUCGCCUACAACCAGACCAUCCUGCCCAACCUGCUGGGACACGGCAGCCAGGAGGAGGCCGGGCUGGAGGUGCACCAGUUCUUCCCGCUGGUGACGGUGCGGUGCUCGCCGGAGCUGCGCUUCUUCCUGUGCUCCAUGUACGCGCCGGUGUGCACGGUGCUGGAGGCCGCCAUCCCCCCCUGCAGGUCGCUGUGUGAGCGGGCCCGGGGCGGCUGCGAGGCGCUCAUGAACAAGUUCGGCUUCCAGUGGCCGGAGCGGCUGCGCUGCGAGAACUUCCCGGUGCACGGAGCCGGCGACAUCUGCGUGGGGCAGAACAGCUCGGAGACCCCCCCGGGAGGAGCCACCCCCGCCGCACCGUCCCUGCAGCCCCCGGACACCCCCGCACCAGCGUCCUCCUGCCCCCGCCAGCUCCGGGUGCCGCCACACCUGGGCUACCGCUUCCUGGGGGAGAAGGACUGCGGCGCCCCCUGCGAGCCCGGCCGGCCGCACGGCCUCCUGUACUUCUCCGCGGAGGAGGUGCGCUUCUCCCGGCUGUGGGUGGGGGUCUGGGCCGGCCUCUGCGCCCUCUCCUCGCUGGGCACCGUGCUCACCUACCUGGUGGACGUGCGGCUCUUCUCCUACCCGGAGCAGCCCAUCGUCUUCCUGUCCGCCUGCUACCUGCUGCUGGGCCUGACGCACACCGCCGGCUCCGUGCUGGGGGAUCGUGCCGUGUGCCUGGAGCGCUGGGCGGAGGACGGCUGGCGGACGCUGGCGCAGGGCGGCCGGAGGGAGGUGUGCACGGCGCUCUUCAUGCUCAGCUACUUCUCCGGCAUGGCGAGCUCCGCCUGGUGGGUGAUCCUGGCGCUCAGCUGGUUCCUGGCCGCCGGCAUGAAGUGGGGGCACGAAGCGAUCGCGGCGCACUCGCACUACUUCCACCUGGCGGCCUGGGCGCUGCCGGCGGGGCAGACGAUGGCGGCGCUGGCGCUGGGGCUGCCGGACGGGGACGUGCUGAGCGGGGUGUGCUCGGCGGGGGCGAGCAGCGUGGCCGCGCUGCGGGGCUUCGUGCUGGCGCCGCUCUGCCUCUACCUGCUGCUGGGCUCGUCCUUCCUGCUGGCCGGCCUGGUGUCUCUCUUCCGCAUCCGCACCAUCAUGAAGCGCGGCGGCGGCGGCCAGACCGACAAGCUGGAGAAGCUGAUGGUGCGCAUCGGGGUGUUCAGCGUCCUGUACACCGUGCCCGCCGCCAUCGUGCUGGCCUGCGGCUUCUACGAGCAGGCGUUCCGGGAGAGCUGGCAGCGGAGCUGGCUGCAGAGGAGCUGCAAGAGCCUGGCCGUCCCCUGCCCCGGGCACACCCCGGACUCCGGCCCGGACUUCACCGUCUUCAUGAUCAAGUAUCUCAUGACCAUGAUCGUGGGCAUCACCUCCAGCUUCUGGAUCUGCUCCGGGAAGACGCUGCAGUCCUGGCGCCGCUUCUACCGCCGGCUCAGCAAGGGGGGCAGCAAGGGGGAGACGGCGGUGUGACCGGCGCUGUGCCGCCCCCCGGGACUACUGGGACUGCGAACCACAGACCUACACCCACAUGGGGCUCCACAGACCUACCCCCACAUGGUGCUCCAGUGACCUCCUGACUUACCCACAUAGGGCUCCAUAUCAGGUCAUUCCAACUCUACCUGAGGAUCAUUGCUCCACUGACUUACCCCCAUGGGGCUCCACAUCAGGGCAUCACAGCUCCAUCUAACUCCAUACCUGAGGAUCAUUGCUCCACUGACUUACCCCCAUGGGGCUCCACAUCAGGGCAUCACAGCUCCAUCUAACUCCAUACCUGAGGAUCAUUGCUCCACUGACUUACCCCCAUGGGGCUCCACAUCAGGGCAUCACAGCUCCAUCUCACUCCAUACAUGAGGAUCAUUGCUCCACUGACUUACCCCCAUGGGGCUCCACAUCAGGGCAUCACAGCUCCAUCUCACUCCAUACCUGAGGAUCAUUGCUCCACUGACUUACCCCCAUGGGGCUCCACAUCAGGGCAUCACAGCUCCAUCUAACUCCAUACCUGAGGAUCAUUGCUCCACUGACUUACCCCCAUGGGGCUCCACAUCAGGGCAUCACAGCUCCAUCUAACUCCAUACCUGAGGAUCAUUGCUCCACUGACUUACCCCCAUAGGGCUCCACAUCAGGGCAUCACAGCUCCAUCUAACUCCAUACCUGAGGAUCAUUGCUCCACUGACUUACCCCCAUGGGGCUCCACAUCAGGGCAUCACAGCUCCAUCUAACUCCAUACCUGAGGAUCAUUGCUCCACUGACUUACCCCCAUGGGGCUCCACAUCAGGGCAUCACAGCUCCAUCUCACUCCAUACCUGAGGAUCAUUGCUCCACUGACUUACCCCCAUGGGGCUCCACAUCAGGGCAUCACAGCUCCAUCUAACUCCAUACCUGAGGAUCAUUGCUCCACUGACUUACCCCCAUGGGGCUCCACAUCAGGGCAUCACAGCUCCAUCUAA